AUGUCGGUUGCAGUGCGUUUAUUGAGGAGAGAGGAUAUUCCUGCAUCACUAAGACUGCACAAAUUCGCCAAGCACGAUUCUCAAAACGUUUUCUCCGCACGUUUUCUCGCCAAUAUAGCGGAGCUCCAUGAGUACGCAGCGGAUGGGAGGUCUGGAGUUCGGGGACUUGUCGCUUGCGCGCCAUUUGAUAACGAUGACGAGGUGGUGGGGGCUCUUAUAGCGCAAUGGGAGGAGGAUUACAAGUGUGUGUUGUUAACGCUGGUUGUCCGCGGUGACUACCGUGGAAGGGGUGUCGCGAAAUCAUUGCUAGACGAGUUGCUGCGUGCGUCGCGCGUCACCGGGAGUGCGGAGGUGUCUGAAACGGAAGUGGAAUCGGUCCUCGAGGAAGCUACUGUAAGGCAAAGCACCCGGUCUAGCUGGUAUCCCUAUUGCAUUAUACAAGUCACUAACAAUAAGUGGACGUAUGGAGGGUAUCGACGUUUCGCAUACGGCUACGUCGCCAUGCAUCAGGAAGCCAGAAGGCAGGCUGAAGGAGCUCACCCUUCACAGCAGCAAAGAGUUGUGUGGUUGUGGUAUACCGGGAUCGCCUUCCUUUUCACGCGCACGACAUCACGUACGCCAAUUACCGCAUGCAAGCCAGCGCCCGCGCGCAUACAUCGCACACCUGGCAGCAGCCGCAGCGCUUCGUAAGCUGUGAUGACGCACGUCCUGAAAUGAAAGGGGAUUUGCACGAGCCAACCUCGGCUCUCACGGUACGGGAAAUGGGGGCUAUGUGCGCCCCCUUGUCCUCCGUCCUCAAAGCAUCACGACGGGGCAUGCUAAAACAAAGGCAGACCCAACCUUCCUAUGGAGGGCGUA